AUGACUCAGACUCACCUGCGCAUACCUCACAGCACUGUGGAGAGGAUCAGUUUGACUGUCCUUCCUCCUGCUGUCCAUCGAUUCCUCUUCAGCCAAUCAGAGGGGUUUCAGGUGGCCCACCUGGUCCUCAGGGCACUGUUUGGAGCAGUGAGCGGGACAGUCCUGUUCCUGGGAGUGUCCCACAGCCUCCCGCUGACCUUUGACCUGCAGCUGGCAGCAGCAGCUUUGUUUGUCGCUGUGUGUGCGGUGGGCGGAGCCUUGUCGUCCUCCUCCAGAUGUUCGGUCCUCCUGAUGUUUCCCAGCAUGCUCGGCUCCCGCGGCCGAGCGUACCUGAUGCUGUUCAUCCUGUCUGUGCUCUGCAGAGGACCAGUUUCUAACAUCCAGCGUAACAUGGAGACAGCAGCUCUGUCUCUGAGCUGUAACCUGGACCUGCAGGUUCAUCACAGCAAGCUACUGUGGAGAGACGCCGUGAGGCCGGCUCGGCUCAUCAUGCAGGAAGUCCUGGAUGAUGGAGCACGGUUUCAGUCGGAGGCUCGGAGUGUCAGCAGGAAGUUUCAGAACAUCAGAGACGAGGUCGCCCUUCAGUACGGAUACGAUCGAUUCAAACCAAACCACGCCGCCGCCGCCGCCGGCACCAGCACGCAGGAGCAAUUCACCAAGAAGACCAUGAUGCAGUGCGACAGUGUGGUGGACGAGGGCGUGCAGCGAUGUGCUGAUUGGUUCAGCCUCAGGUGGGACGAGUGCAUGGAGGCGAUCCCUGUCCCCGUCAUCAACCACAUCCUCUGUGUCUCCAUGAAGUUCCACUUCCUGUGUGAUGUCAUGAGAGUGAUGACUCCGUGGUGCAGGGAGCAGAUUCCGGUGGAGGGAAACUUCGGUCAGCUGUUUGAUCGGGUGAACCGGUCGGUCGACCUGCUGUCCAGAGAGUUCAGCGCCGAGCUCGUGUUGGAGGAGCGCCAGCAGCGGUCGGUGUUGGGCGGAGCUCUGCUGGAUCAGGACUUCACUCGGGCUGUUAGAGGAUCCUUCCAGAAACUGACAGCGACCGUGAACCAGCUGCUGAACAUCCUGCAGCUGCUGCUCUCCUUCACCUUCAUCACCAUCUUCACACAGGCGUUCGCUUACCUCAGGCAGUACAGGAGGGACAUUCGAUUCGACAACGUCUACAUCACCACCUACUUCAGACAGAUCGACCGCCGCAGGAGGAGAGCGGGGAAGCUCUGCCUGCUGCCUCUCGAACAAUCAGAGAAGAAGUUGUUCAUCGAGCCCUGGAGUGUGAAAAUCCACCCUGAGGAGCUGAAACAUGCGACCUCAGGUGUGUUUCAGGUGCUGUCUGCCACGCUGCUGUCUGUCGUCUUGCUGACUCUCGACUUUUCUGUGUUCCACGUGUUGGACAUCGUCAGCAGACACACCUUCACCCAGUUCAACCUGACCAGUCAUCACCAGGUGGACAUCAGGGUGGGUGGAGACUCCAUGAUGGCCCGCCUCCUGAGGAAGACGGUUUCAGCCUUCAACAGCUCGUCCAGCCUCAACAUCCAAACAGACAACCGGGGUGUGUAUGUGAGCUGUGUGUGUUGUGUCCUGUUGGUGGCGCUCUUCAGCUGCCUGCAGGUUUACACCAACCGCCUCCGACGGGUCAUCACCGCCUUCUACCAUCCAAAGAGGGAGAAGCAGCGAGUCUUGUUUCUCUACAAUCUGCAGAUCCAGAGACGGAUCUCCUCCACUGACAGGAAACGCAUCAUCAGCCGAGGACGGAGGAGCAGGACGGUGUUUGACUGCCUGAGCAGGUGUGGGCGUCGUCUUUGUCAGCACCAGCAACAGGAAGUGUCAGACUGUGAUCCCGGUUAG